AUGUAAAAAUAAGAAUAAUCUGAAUAAAAACCCACUAAUAUUUUCCAAGUAUUUAUAAAAGAUAUCGAUCUCGAAGUUGAAGAAAAAGAUAUUAUAAGCUCUUUAGAAAAAUAUGGAAAGAUAAUUGCAAUCAAAUUAACUUAAAGCUUGUAACAUAAUCAUAAAUAUUGUUUCUUGGGAUUCGAAUCUUAAGAUUCUGCUUAAUAGCUACUUUCUGAUAGUCAAAAUGUGAUUAUAUAUUCUUAAAAAGUAACAGUAAAACCCUAUUAAUAAGACUUAGUAAAUCUAAAUAGCAACGCCUAUGUAUUUAUAAAUGGAUUGCCAUCAGAUGUUACAGACAAAGAUUUAAUAGAAGCUCUUAACUAAUAUAAAUUUGGAGAAAUAUUACAUACUAAGGUUAAAACAUCUCAUCAUCCUGGAUCUUAAGGAAAACAUUAUGCUACAGUAGUAUUUAGAAAUGAAUCAGAAGCUCAAAGUGCUAUUUAAUAUGGAGUUUUAUCAACUAAGUUUGGUAAAAUUCAAUGUGAGAGGUACAACCCUACAUCUAAAAAUGAAAAAUGCUAAAUUGUUAUAAAGAACAUUUAAUCUUCAGUCAAUAAAGAAUAAUUAGAAUAAUAAAUGCAAUAAGAUUUUGGAACUAUUACUAGCUUUACAAUAAAAACUUAAAGAACUUUUGAAAAUAAACAAAUGGCUUUUGUAACAUUCUAAAAGCCAGAAGAAGCUGAAGCUGCAUUGACUGGAAUGAAUCAGAAGAACUAUUAUUAGAAUGAUCCUUUGGAUGUCUAAUGGUACAAAAAAGAAGAAAGUGAAGAUUCAAAUGUUUACAUAAAAAACAUAAAAAAUACAGUAAGUGAAAAUACUCUUAAGCAAGCAUUAUAAAAAUAUGGUGAGGUAAUCUCCUUUUUCUUAAAUAGUCCAAAAGAUAACUUAAUUUAAACACGUUAUGCUAUCGUAGCUUUCAAAACAGCUGAAUAAGCGAAAGAAUUGAUGAAAAACUCAAAAAAAGAUAAACAAUUUGCAUCCCUUUUCAAAGAUGAUUAUCCUUAUGUAACUCCUCAUUUAACUAAACAAGAAAAAAGUGAAUAUAGUACUACUAAAAGAGUUAAUUAAAAUCCAGCUCCUUUAAACUAAUAAAAUUAAUAAAUGUUAUA